UAGGUUAAUCUUCAUCCCACAGGCCGUAUGAUAGCAGAACAUUGUUAUUUCGUUUGAUCUCGGCGUAUAUUAGGGCCUAAGCGCUAAGGACGAACCCCGAGAUGUUGCUCGCAGACAUUUUCCAGGCCUUUAAGGAUGAAUACAAAAAGAGCCCUGUUAGGGUAAAGGUUCUUGACGCCUUCUUGCUGUACGCGCUGGCGACGGCAGGCGUGCAGUUCGCCUAUAUGCUGUUGGUUGGGUCGUUUCCAUUCAACGCCUUCCUUGCUGGCUUCCUCUCCUGCAUCGGUUUCUUCGCACUGACGGUGUGCCUGCGCAUGCAAGUGGACCCCGCCAACAAGGAGUUCGCGGGCACGUCCCCGGAGCGCGCCUUUGCAGAUUACUGCCUAGCCAACCUAGUGCUGCACCUGGUGGUCUGGAACUACAUGGGAUGAGCUGGCGUGGGCGGGAGAGGCGCAUGGAGGCGGGAGGACAUAGUGAGGAGGGGGUGCGGGAGUAGGGGGUUACGGGGAAGUUUUUUAUAAGUGAAAUAACGAGGAGGGGUGUUCUCGGGUGGUGUACUGAAGUCAAGUGGUGCGGAGGGCAUGGGCAUGGAUGAGAUUGUAGGGGGUUGUGCAAGCGAGAGGUAGGAGGAUGUGCAAGCGCAAGGCUGUGCGAAGCUCACGGGGGCGUUCUCUCUUAGGAGUGGCACAGGACAGCACGAGAACAUGGUCAGUGAAUCCAGUUUGUUGGGUACACCUCUCCGCUCCUGGGGGUGAGUAAUAACAAUUCCUGGUUCUGGCCUUAGGUAAGGGUUUGGGUUGUGAUGCACGGUUGGAUGCUGUGAACGGGGAGGUAAGAGGCGUUAUGCGGCGUUGUGCAAUGCCGGGUUGUGAGGAGGCGCGCAGCCAAAAAUGCGUGACGUGUAGCAAGGUAAUUCGCAUGGCUUGCCCCUUGCUUGACUUGCCCUGGGAUGAAGCCCAGGUUUAUGUAUGUGCCCGCGUGUCCGCUUAUUUCAAUACCCAUCAACAAGGUUCAUUUGGUUACGCCGAGGCAUGUAGGCCAUCCGAUAGCCAUCCAGCCCUAUGACGCAUCCGCCUGCAGCUGAUGCAAUGUGGUUUGUCCGUACUGGCGCUAGUGAUGGUGGCAAUGGCAGGAACGCGUACCGGUAGUAGGCCCAGUGUAGGGCAUAGCUCAUCUUGCUUUUGCAUGGGCCGGGCAAUUGCCGCAGAAUUGUUAGCUAAGAGCCUAGGAAUG